CCAGAUGAGCCCAGCCCUCAAGUUUCUCUGCAGCUCAACAGGUUACUGCUACAGCUUCAGCUGUUAGUCACUGGAAUUUAGGUGGAGCUUCCUCUUACAGUGUCUGUUCUGAUUAAAAAGCUGCUUUCACUCACACAUUCAAACAGAUACACACACUCUUCCCAGGAGCCUUCAUAAAACUCCUUUGUCCCACGCUACUGAGCCAGUAGCAGAAAAGCUCACCAGCCUCUUCACCUGUCCUCUUGAGAAGCCACUGACCAGUCCACAAGAUGGUGCAGUAUGGUCUCGAUUACACAAGGUGCAGAUGGAUCUUGCCUCUGCUCUUAGGCUUAGCGGUCAUCUUUGGCCUCAUUGCACUGGCCGGCAAGGGCUGGCUGGAGUCGGAGACGUUGCCCUAUCAGCAUCAAGCCUCGUUAUGGGAAAGUUGUACAAAGUUCGACAAUGAUCCCAACUGGAAGUGCAUCUCCCUUAUGGACUAUGCCUGGGGAAGAGCUGCUGCCGCCACCUUCCUUAUCGGUUUUAUCAUUCUGGUCAUUUGUUUUGCCCUGGCCAUCAUAGCCUUUGCCAUCGACACACUUCUGUUCAGCUAUAUACGAGGAAUCGGAGGGUUGCUCUUUGUGGCUGCUGUGUUCUCAAUCAUGGCCGUGAUCAUUUAUCCAGUGAUGUUCACAAAGGAAAUAGACAUGGAAGGCGUCAAUAUGUUCAGCUGGGCCUAUGGCUUUGCUUGGACCACCACCAUUAUGGAGAUAGGCCUGGGAUUCUUCUUCUGCUGCCUUCCCAACUACGAAGAUGAGAUCCGGGGCAACAUCAAGCCUAGAUAUUUUUAUACUUCCCCAUAAAUACUAGAAACAGCAGGAGAGGUGCCUUACUCUUGUUUUGAUAUUUGGAUUCCAGAGGUACAUACUGACUAUCUUAUUUUUACAGAGCAUUAUGACCAAGAAUUACUAGAAAGGCUUGAAAACUUUUUUAUGCAAGUAGUAAUAUAGUGUUGGAGUUAUAGAAUAGAAGAUCUAAAUUGUUGUGAAUUUUCCUCUUUGAUAUGGGCUUGUAAAGGUUAAUUAUUUGACCUGUUAAAACUUUUUUUAUUGUCCCAUUACUUCCCACUAGUAGGGGUGUAGAGUGGUUCUGGUAUUAGAGUUUUAAGCAUUUACUUUUUUAUUUAUGUUCAAACAAGGUCUUUCAUGCCUCAGGGAAUUUGUUAUGAGGCCACACAACUCAAAUCUUGGCUCUUUGAGGCAAAGCAUCCAAGGAAAAUAGUUUAACCUGGAAAUUUAAGAUAUUUGGGUGUCUGCAAAAUCUGUCAACCCACUUUGUGCCAUUAUUGCCAAUAAUUCAGUCAUCACUUCAUAACUAUGUGUUCUCUUUUAUUCAUAAAGUAUAACACAGAGUCAGAGAUGAAAUAGAGAAAACCACUUUCUUAUUUAACAAGCCAUUUUCAUGACAUUCAGUGAUUUUUGUUGUCUAUUUUAGUAGCUAAAUUGUCAAAGGUGAACCAGAAGUAAGAAGAAAAAUAAUCUGUCUUCAAACACCAUUAAAACAUAAACAAGUAUUAUCCCAGUGUAGUGUGCACUGCAAUCAAAGCAGUCCUAAAAAUCAUGGAUGAGAUUCUAUGCCCCUACUUAGAGGAGCAGCACAAGAUUAGUAC